UUUAUAAAUAAUUUUUCUUAUUGCUUAUAUUUUUCUUCGAAUUUGUGUGCUCAGGUGAGAGAGUUAAGCAUAGAGUGCGCUCGAGUUGGCGGAGUGGAGAUUCCGAACAACAAGAGAAUUGAGUUCUCGCUACAGUACAUCCAUGGAAUCGGAAGGAGCAGAGCUCGCAAGAUUCUCUGCGAUAUAAGCAUGGACAACAAGGUCACUAAGGAUCUCAGCGAAGAGGAUCUCAUCACUCUUAGAGAUGAAGUCUCCAAAUACGUCAUUGAAGGCGAUUUGAGGAGGUUUAAUGCGCUGAAUAUAAGGAGAUUGAAGGAGAUUCAAUGUUACAGAGGAUAGGUAGAUAGGUACGUUUACUGAAGAAGGCAAAUGAAAUAGCA